CCACGGUCAUCGUUGCGCGAAAGGAACAAGGCAGAAGCCUCUUCCAUCCCCAAAUUUAAUGCAUCAGCAGGCGGAAGACCUGCAGGGUCCGGUUCAGAAAAAAGCCCGUCAGGACCUCGAGCCCAAGAAUAAAAAGACCCUGUUUCUCCUAGACACCCGGUUAGAAAGGCAGCAUCGCAGGCCUCCUGCCCAGGACACUUAUCACCCCGGUCCUGCUGCGGCCGGGUUUAGCCUACCCAGCGAGGAAGGAAGCCGAAAGAGCCAGGUUUUUGCUAAGGGGGAGCGAUGUCUGCGACGCACCGGAAGCGGCUCCGAGGAAGGAGUGAAGGAGACGUGUCUGUCUGUGAGGCUCUGGGUGCACUUCCCCAGGUCUCUGGGCUAGGAAGGCGGCGGCGAAGGCCCGGGCUGGGAGCGUUGGCGGCCGGAGUCCCAGCCAUGGCCGAGUCUGUGGAGCGGCUGCAGCAGCGGGUCCAGGAGCUGGAGCGGGAACUUGCCCAGGAGAGAAAUCGGCGGGUCCCGGGGAGCGGCGAAGGAGGGGGCGGCCGGAUCCGCAUCGAGAAGAUGAGCUCAGAGGUGGUGGAUUCGAAUCCCUACAGCCGCUUGAUGGCAUUGAAACGAAUGGGAAUUGUAAGCGACUAUGAGAAAAUCCGUACCUUUGCCGUAGCAAUAGUAGGUGUUGGUGGAGUAGGUAGUGUGACUGCUGAAAUGCUGACAAGAUGUGGCAUUGGUAAGUUGCUACUCUUUGAUUAUGACAAGGUGGAACUAGCCAAUAUGAAUAGACUUUUCUUCCAACCUCAUCAAGCAGGAUUAAGUAAAGUUCAAGCAGCAGAACAUACUCUGAGGAACAUUAAUCCUGAUGUUCUUUUUGAAGUACACAACUAUAAUAUAACCACAGUGGAAAACUUUCAACAUUUCAUGGAUAGAAUAAGUAAUGGUGGGUUAGAAGAAGGAAAACCUGUUGAUCUAGUUCUUAGCUGUGUGGACAAUUUUGAAGCUCGAAUGACAAUAAAUACAGCUUGUAAUGAACUUGGACAAACAUGGAUGGAAUCUGGGGUCAGUGAAAAUGCAGUUUCAGGGCAUAUACAGCUCAUAAUUCCUGGAGAAUCUGCUUGUUUUGCAUGUGCUCCACCACUUGUAGUUGCUGCAAAUAUUGAUGAAAAGACUCUGAAACGAGAAGGUGUUUGUGCAGCCAGUCUUCCUACCACUAUGGGUGUGGUUGCCGGGAUCUUAGUACAAAACGUGUUAAAGUUUCUGUUAAAUUUUGGUACUGUUAGUUUUUACCUUGGAUACAAUGCAAUGCAGGAUUUUUUUCCUACUAUGUCCAUGAAGCCAAAUCCCCAGUGUGAUGACAGAAACUGCAGGAAGCAGCAGGAAGAAUAUAAGAAAAAGGUAGCAGCACUGCCUAAACAAGAGGUUAUGCAAGAAGAGGAAGAGAUAAUCCAUGAAGAUAAUGACUGGGGUAUUGAGCUGGUAUCUGAGGUUUCAGAAGAGGAAUUGAAAAAUUCUUCAGGUCCAGUUCCAGACUUACCUGAAGGAAUUACAGUGGCAUACACAAUUCCAAAAAAGCAAGAAGAUUCUGUCACUGAGGUAACAGUGGAAGAUUCUGGUGAAAGCUUGGAAGACCUCAUGGCCAAGAUGAAGAAUAUGUAGAUAAUGGACUGGGAUAUAUUUUAUUUCUCAUGUUAAAGCCUCUUCCCUUGAAAUUAAAAAAAAAAAUUUUUAACUGAUAAAACUUAGGGCAACAUUUAUUAAUGUAUAUUCUUACCUGAAUUGUUAUACUUUUUGAAAAUCCUGUGACUUGCCUAUUUCUCCCCGCUCCAGUGAAAUCAUUGACUCUCCUAAAAUGUAUGUUUCAUUCUAGUAAGAAAACCUCAAAGGAUAUUGUAGGAUAUAAAUCUUACUUGAAAAUACAGCUGUUGAAAUGUUUUGGCCUUUUGGAGUGGGGAAAGGACAAAUCUGAUCCUGUAAUCUUUUUCUUUCCAGUAAUACCUUGUGUCUGUUGCAUGAGGACAUGGACAAUAAAGCAGUACAUGAUUCUCAGAUACAGGGAGAAGGACAAGGCAUACAGCUUAUUGAUUAGAGCUGGCAAGCAUCUGCUCAUUAUGUUUGGAAUUGCUUUCUAUAAGAAAAUUUCCCACUACUUCUAACUUGAUCAACAAUGAAUUCAAAAUAGUUAAUCUAUGAAAUAACAUCCUCUCAAAUGUUUGCUGAUGAAAUACAAGUUGAAAUGUAGUUAUUGGAAAAGUCUGUAACCUGUGGAUUAUAUAUAUUCAAAGUGAGACAAAGGCAAAUAAAAAGCAGCUAUCUU